CCUCCGAGAAGUGCUGAUUUACCGGAGUGGGUUGACAGCACGAAUAGGAAUGGCGGCUAUGGUCACUAGAGAAAGGAACCUAAAGAGCCCGAAACUUUACUUCUAACGGGCCCACCGAGGAGUUGAACUCUGACGAAACAAACGAGAGUGUCUUUCUUGUAUCGGACGAAAGACAGCGUCUUUUGACGUGAGAUACUUUGGGUCGACUUGCAUGCUUAGCUUGCCGUUACUACUGUAGUGCCGCCGAGAUAGAUUGAAGGUAGCUGCUAGCCAGCUGUUGGCUCAUUCUCUCGGAUGGCCCAACAAGUUAACUAAGUGAUUAACUGUGCUAAAUUAUUCGUCCUUAUAUGCUCAUCACCUAUGCGGAGCAAGAACUUGUAUUUAGCAACGGUAGAGCGCGACUCGACGCAGGAUACCAGAUUGUCAUUGCGACUUGUGAACAUAAUUAGUGCUAAUCUUAACGCUAGCUCCAAAGCUAGCUAAGUUGGGAUCCUGAAGUGUCGCCCAUUUUCGGAUACUGCCCCAGCUCCUGGCUUGGUGGCAAAUCGACAGCCCUUUCCCUGCUUUUAAAGUGGCAUCAGUUGUACGAUGGAAAGUCUAACGUUGAGUGAUGUCGAGCAGAAAUAUUACUCAGAUUUGUUCGUUUACUGCGACACGGACAACACCAAAAAAGUGGCUUCUUAUGGAAGAGUUCUUGACCUUUUCCGGGCGGCCCAGCUACCUAGCGAAGUCGUCAUACAGAUUACGGAAUUGUGUGGAGCCACACGUCUUGGUCACUUUGGACGCAGCCAGUUUUACAUUGCCCUAAAGCUCAUUGCCAUUGCCCAGUCGGGCCUGCCUCUCAGAGUAGAAAGCCUCAACUCAGUCAAGGACCUGCCACUGCCCAGGUUUGUGGUGGGCAAGAAUGAGGGAGAAACAAGGCAUGUGGCGUUAUACCAGGACCCGGAUGGUCAGGGGUUGUACCCUGCCUCCGCCACUGCGUUAGUACCAAGACCGCCAGGCAGGGGUCACCAGAACAAGAAAGUCACACCCUCUGCAAGCGUCCAUCCUGUCCACGAGCCAGUUCAGCCCACUGCGCCUAGCAUAGAAACACAGCAAGCAGAACCAACAUCCCCCGUAGUCUCCCCUCACCAGUCCCCACCUACCUCCCCACCUUCUUGGAGGAAGCACAAACGGCAGCACAGUAGCGGAAACGCAGAUAGACAACCAAUAGUGGCACCGUCUGGAGCUGUUUGGACACAGUUCCGGGAGCCACAACCUGCUCCUGCGGCAGGUGAUGGGAUGUGGCCAUCACACUCGCCCCCGCUUCCAGGUCAGGAAAGUUGGGUCAGUUUCACAGCUGACACGCCGCCAUCAAGCACAGUCCCUGGAGCUCACCCCUCUUCCCUUCAGGAAAGCACAACGAUACGAACCGCAAUGGCCACUGCCGCCACAGGAUCUGCGAACAGUGACAUCCAGCGACAGUCCAGUGGCUAUGAUGAUCCCUGGAAGAUCACAGACGAACAGAGACAGUAUUAUAUCAACCAGUUCAAAACCAUUCAGCCGGACCUUACUGGUUUUAUACCAGGUUCAGCAGCGAAGGAGUUCUUCACCAAGUCCAAAUUACCAAUUUUAGAGUUGUCGCAUAUUUGGGAGCUUUCAGACUUCGACAAAGACGGCGCACUCACUCUGGAUGAAUUUUGUGCUGCUUUCCACUUGGUGGUAGCCAGGAAGAAUGGGUACGACCUCCCCGAGAAGCUGCCUGAGAGCUUAAUGCCAAAGCUGAUUGACCUAGAUGACUCAGCAGAAGUCCCGGAGCCGACAGCCGAUGUUGGCUUUUCGGCAUCCCCUGUGGAGGUCACGCCCAACAAGUCUCCUUCCAUGCCUUCGCUCAACCAGGCUUGGCCGGAGAUAAACCAGAGCAAUGAGCAAUGGGAGACGUUUAGCGAGCGUUCCUCCAGCUCACAAACUCUGACCCAAUUUGACUCUAACAUUGCACCAGCUGACCCUGACACGGCCAUCGUCCACCCCGUUCCCAUCCGAAUGACCCCCAGCAAGAUCCACAUGCAGGAAAUGGAACUGAAGAGGACUGGCAGUGAUCACAACCACCCAACCAGUCCGCUGAUGGUAAAACCACCAGAAGUGUCUGAAGAAGCCAAACUACCCGCCGCCAUGAAGUUUGUACCAGCAAAUGCCGUUGGUGAUGGUUAUAGCAGUUCAGAUUCCUUCACCUCUGAUCAAGAGCCUGUCGCAAGGCAAAGGUCUCAGUCAGGCGCAUCACCUGAAGCUCUAAAAGUGGUGGCUCCUCCUCCACCUCCGCCCCGACCUCACGCAUCACACUCCCGCUCCUCGUCACUGGACAUGAACCGCACCUUUGCUGCCAGCUCAGCCCAAGGACAGUCACAGCCUGCCGCCAUAGCUUUCCCACCUGCUGUGCCUCCUCGACCGCUUCCCACACAGUCCUCAGUACCGCACACAGGACAGCGCGCCGAAGCCGAGGGUACGCCUGGAGCAGGGGCUGCGCUCACCGCCACGUCCCCUCAGCAGAUCCCUCAGCAGCCCAAUUUCGCAGACUUCAGUCAUUUUCAGGCCUUUGCUGCAUCUGAGCAACCUUCUAGCCUGCCCGAGGUUGAUAAGCACAGUGAUCCAGCACAGGGGGACAAGUCUUCAGAAGGAGCUGGGCCCUUGAGAUCAGUCAAGAGUGAAGGCCAAGCUGAUGAAAGAACCGCCACCACUGUUAACUCUACCAAGGGCUCGUCUGGCCCUUUAGCCCCUCCUCCUAAACCUGUUCGUCGCAGGUUGAAGUCUGAGGAUGAGUUGCGGCCUGAGGACGAGCAGCAUGGCCAGCAGAAGCCAAACAUCAUAGCUGCUGCCCUGGCUACUCAGCCUUCUAUCCCAAGGUCAAUAGGUAAGGACAAAAAAGCGAUACAAGCAUCAAUCAGAAGAAACAAGGAAACAAACACGGUGUUGGCAAGACUAAACAGUGAAUUACAACAACAGCUGAAGGACCUGCUUGAAGAGAGGAUAUCUUUGGAAGUGCAGCUAGAGCAGCUCAGACCUUUCUCUCAUCUUUAACCUACACCGAUGAGUUGGUUGUAGUUUCUCCAAAGCAAGGCAGCGCUCUCGGUGGGAUGCCACCCACCGCCCCGACCCCACAUCCCUUACUUUCAUGCUCCAUCCCAUCCAUGGCGUACACAGUGUUUAAGCCCUAACUUAUCUGGUGUACAACGGAGCAGGCCCCGGAGCACGAAAAGUAAAGACGAGGGUUAUUCUUCAAUGUGGCACUUUUCAAGUUUCUCGAAAGAGAUGAAUCCAUGGCUUACGGUCUAGUGAGGAAGCAGUAUUGGACGUUUGGCUGCAGCUACAAGUUGUUUCUGAAAAGACAAAUGCUGAUGAAUGAAUGUAAGUGAGAGUGAGAUGUCUGUUUUUAUUAAGUGUCUGGAGGAAAGUCCCUGUGUUAUCAACACACCAAUAAAAUAGUUUAGCGUUCUUUAGCAAAUGAAAGAGUUAUCCAACAAUUACAUUUCUUUUUACGGCUAAAGACUGGAAACCUAACAUUUUCUGAUUUAUUUGGUGUCUUCUCUAGGGAAGAAUGUUUUUGAUGAGUGACUUGUCGAGUCAGCCCUCUUCGCCUUUACUGCCCCCUACGUAGUGCUUUUGAAUGGGUUCCGAUUAAUGCCAAAUGACUGUAUUCUAACUGCUUUCUCACUUCUGUGUGUUCUGUUCUUAAUACUUAGUUCCAUCAUAUUGCAAUCUCCCCAUUUUUUUUAAACUCCCUUUGAUCGCAGCUUUUUGUUAUAAUCUCCUUUACAUUGUUGGGAGGUUUUAAGUGUGCUGCAGCAGCUACAAGAGGUGUAAUUUAUGAAGGACUCGGGAUGAGACGUUUUCCUGUUAUUUUCUGUUUUGGCACAGAUCCAGUUAUUUCCAAUCAUCCGCCGGAUGAUGAGGCACUAUGCAAGUUCAGGGUGAUACAUCUCCACAGCUGUUUGACCUUAGAAAUGGUAGCAUCUGUGUCAUUGUAUCUUUUGAUCUUCCAGAAUAUAAUCUACUGUACUUGCUCCAAGAGGGCAGCAAUUCCAAGUCAGUGUUUUGCACUUUCAGCCUAAAUCUGAGAGAAAAUGGAAAAAUUACAAAUUUAAAGCCCAGUCACGCAACUCGAAUGACCCAACUGCACUUUGAACUUUAUAUCAUCUGUUUGUCUGUAUGGGGUCUUUGUCAUUCUUUUAAACUGCUAGACUACCGGAAGUGUUAAAGAAGGAAAAAAAAAACAAAAAAAACCCCUCAAGUUGUCGUUCGGAUAACGGUUUGUACCAUCUCAAAGUAGCCUCUCAUUGUGAGUUUUAUGAUUUUUGUCUUUAAGGCCUUAACUCCCACCAGUCUGGAGUUCAGGUUUUCAUGUUGACUGAUUGACCACCUUGUUGCAUCAAGGCUUGCCUUUUUUGUGUGUGUUUUUUUAUUUUGUUCUGUUGAGGAUGAUUUAGUGCUCUGGGUCUUUUUUUUUUUAUGUAUGUGUGUGCGCGCUAGUGUUAAUAUUGCCACACUUAAACCAUGGCAAAAUUUUAAAACACCCUAUCAUGGGACCGAUUCAGCUCCCAAAACAAAUAGCACCCUUUGUUGUCCUAAAUGGCAAUUCUAGCAGAAGCAAUCAGUUGAAAACUUAAGUCUUUGGUGGGAUUUUGAAUGCUGUUUUCUCCCAGAUCUGAGUUGUACAUUGUAUAUGACACCCUUUUUGGACUUGUGUACAUUUGCAUUAAUUGCUGACUAACAGCGAAAUAAUCUAUUUAAUUCCUCUGUUUGGCUGUGGGAUCCUAGAUGUUUAAACUGCAUGGAUGUACUGUAUCUCUGCAGAGUCAACUAGCAGCUGUGAGUUUUACACAAAAAUAAAAAAAAUGGCACAACA